AUGCAUAAACUGGAGAUGCAACAAAGGAAGGACUAGUCCAAGUUUUACGGAUAUUUGCUGUUGAGAAGACGAACAGAGGAUGAGAAAAUAUAAGAUAGGAAGAGGUUGAAAGUCGUUAAAGAGAGAGAAAACUAACGGAAGUUCGAUGAUCGGCAAUGGACUGAGAAAUCGCUGCCGGAGAUGACAGAGAGAGACUGGCGUAUAUUUAAGGAAGAUUACAAUAUCAGCUGUAAUGGAGGCAGAAUUCCUAACCCUAUCAGGAAAUGGAAAGAAGCCAGUUUACCUAAAGAUCUGCUAGAUAUCAUUGAUACAAUUGGUUAUAAUGAACCAUCACCUAUUCAGAGACAAGCCAUUCCAAUUGGGUUACCGAAUCGUGAUGUUACAGGUAUAGCCGAGACUGGUAGCGGUAAAACUGCAGCUUUCCUUAUACCACUUCUAGUCUGGAUUACAUCAUUGCCAAAAAUUGAAAGGUAUGAUAUCAUAGAUAAAGGUCCGUAUGCUAUAAUUCUGGCGCCCACUCGUGAAUUGGCUCAGCAGAUAGAGACUAUCAAGUUUGGAAAAACAAUCGGGAUCCGGACUGUGGCAGUUAUUGGUGGUAUAUCUAGGGAGGAGCAAGGGUUUAAACUCCGGCAAGGAUGUGAGAUUGUUAUAGCAACUCCGGGACGUCUUAUAGAUGUUGUACAGAACCGCUACCUUGUCCUGUCACAGUGUACAUAUGUAGUAUUGGACGAGGCUGACCGUAUGAUAGACAUGGGUUUCGAGCCGGAUGUUCCAUAUCUGGAAUAUCUCCCCGUUACAAAUAUGAAACCCGAUACAGAGGAUGCAGAGGAUAAUGAAAAAAUGUUAGCCAACUUCAACACCACACAAAAAUAUAGACAGACUGUCAUGUUUACGGCAACUAUGCCACCGACAGUUGAAAAACUGGCACGGAAGUAUUUACAAAGACCAGCUGUUGUGUAUAUAGGAACUGUUGGUAAACCAACAGAACGCUGUGAACAGAUUGUAUACAUGAUGAGUCAACAAGAGAAAAGGAAGAAGUUGCUAGAGAUAUUACAGGCAGGAAUAGAACCACCAAUUCUUAUCUUUGUCAACCAGAAGAAAGGUGUGGAUGUGCUGGCAAAAUCCUUGGAGAAAAUGGGAUUCAGUGCUACGACUCUUCACGGUGGUAAGGGUCAGGAGCAGAGAGAGUUUGCUCUCGCCAGUUUGAAGGGCGGAACUAAAGAUAUCCUGGUAGCUACAGACGUGGCUGGUCGUGGUAUCGACAUCAAAGAUGUGUCACUCGUUAUCAAUUAUGAUAUGGCAAAGAAUAUUGAAGAUUACACACAUCGUAUUGGUCGUACUGGACGUGCUGGAAAAUCUGGUGUGGCAAUAACAUUUCUCACUAAAGAGGACAAUUUUGUGUUCUAUGAUCUAAAACAAGUGAUUAUGGCAAGUCCGGUAUCCUCAUGUCCACCAGAACUAGCAAAUCACCCAGAUGCACAAAAUAAACCAGGUGAGGCUGUGUUCAAGAAGAGAAAAGAUGAAACAGUGUUUAUAAACUGAGAUUAACAUUGAGUUAUAGUGGGAAAAUGACAAGAAUAAGUGAAACUAUUGUGUUGUUAUUAUAGAUAUAAAUAUGGCACGAUCUGAAGACAUGAAUGUAUAGCGUGCUUGUUACACAUUUGUAAAGACUGUUGUUACGGUAUCAUAUUUGUAUUGCACACAAAAUGUUCGGAAGGAUGGAAGUAUUGAUAGCAAUUUGUAUUAUGGUCUUACAUAUUAAAAAAGCUGUACAUGUA